CGAUGUAUAAAUUCAUAAUAUAAUUUUUUCUACCAACUUCCAGCCAACUGUCCCUAAUCCCAACAUGGUAAUCGGGAAAUUUGAUACUUAUUAGUACAGUUUGAAGUACUCUAAAUGGAGAAUAAUGGUGUGAGAACAAAACAAACUUCAAUACCACCUCCCCCUCCACCUCCUUCAUUUCUGAAGAAUUCAAAAUGUACAGAUUUAAGGACAAAAAUUGUCAAUUCAGGUAAUUGUUUAAAUGCCAAUGAACAGACCUCCCGCCUCAAAUAUGUCUUUCGUGACACUGAUUUAUUAAUUGUAUCCUAUUGUAAUUCUGUCCAUUCCAUUAUACAAGAAGGGCCCAGUUGUGGCAUCGUUGCAUUAUCCAUGGCUAGUCAAUUUUUCAAUAAUAUCGAUACAUCUGACAUACUCGCGUGUGCUAAGAAAUUUAAUUUUUCAAGAUCUGGUGAAGUCUUUUCGGCUUAUAAUAUGUCUGAACUUGCUUCUCUAUUGUUAGACUGUGAUGCAUUUGUGAUAAACGAUUUAAAAAACAAUGUGCAUAUGAUUUUAUCUCACAUUUGUAAAGGUUUACCUGUGCUAAUGCCCUAUGAUGCAGACAAAAACCAUGAGCCUGGUUUUAAUAAUGGUAGGUGUGCACAUUGGGCUGUGAUUAGUGGACUCUGUUUCCAGUUACAAAAAGAUGAAGAUUUAAAUUAUGAUUUAAUGUCUUCUGGUUUAAAAGUACAUAUUGUCAGUACUGAAAUGUUAAAUGAAGAACUUUUAAGUAAUGCAUCAAAUGUACAUGUAUAUGCUUAUCAGGGUAAAAGUAAGCAUUUGGGUGUAUGGGAUUUAAAUACGUUGAUAAGUAGUAACAAUAAUAUGCACGAAGUUACUCAAAAGUAUGGCAUCGAAGAAUUGGUUCUUCCAGCAGGGGACACCCUUUCUGAAUUACGAGACAAAGCUGUUCUCUUAAAGAAAAAAUUUUUUAAAUAAUUAUUUUUAUAUUUUUUUUUUGGAAAAAAUAGUCAAAUAUUUAAAUUGUAUGAAAUCUAGCAAAACUGUUCCUUCAAAAUCGUUCAUUGCAGUAGUUAAGUUAAUAAAAAAAUAAAGAAAGUACCAAAAUUUAUGUUAUUUUGGUAAUUUUUUUUCUUAUUCUAUGCCAGACGUAGCCAGUCAAUAACAGUUGACACCAGUCGCAAAUCCUGCAUAAAAGGUAUAAAAGUUAGGUGUAAGAUGCAGGCGUUAAAAUUAUGAUUUUAUUCAUUGGUUUUAUUUAUUUUUUUUUGUUUUAUUAAUAUCUUAUAUUCCUGUAUUACUAUAACUUUUGGUAUUGUUUUGAAAUAUCAUUAUUGUAAGUUGUGAUUCCACUCUAUUUCUAGCAUGAUAUGCUGAAAACUAUUUUUGCAACAAAUUCAAUGUAUCACACAUAACAAAUUUAAGAUCAUUAAAUGUAUUUUGUGAAUAUAAAAUUAGUUUUAUCAAAAUAAUGAUGCAAACUCUUAAAAUUGCAUGAAAUGUUAAAGAAUUAAGUUUAAAUGUUGCGAACAUGACUAAAUAGACAUAAUAGAAAGAGUUUUUUUUGUUUACCAUUAUAACAUUUAUUGCUUGUAAUUAAAUAUGAUAUUUUAAGAGAUAAUGUAUAUUUUAUUUGCGUAGUUGACUCAUUUUUAAAAGUUUUAUUACAACAAAGCUGUUAAGUGAUUUUUUUUCCCCAAAAAUUAAAUUUCCUGUUUGCUGUAUCAAAUGUGAUUUUUAAAAAUUAUAAUUUUAAUUUUAAUUUGAUAUUUUUCUAAGAAUUUUUAAAUUGGACAUGUCCGCAAUGUUGCAGACUUAACAAGUUACAAAAUACAAUUUCACUGACCCAUUAUAAGCAUUUUUAUUCUAUAAGAAACACAUAUGCCAAUAAACUUGCAUCACAUAGAUUUUUGUUUGUGAAUGUAGCUUUUCACAUUGAAGGCGUUAACAUUGAAGCUGUCUAGCAGAUAUGCUUAAUAUGUGUGAAUGACAUUCACGAAGAAACUUUCUUGUGGAAUUAUAGCAUUCAAAUUUAAAAUGGAGUGCUUAUUUCAAGAAAUUUUUUUUAUUUUAAUGCUACUUUCCUACGGUAACGUUUUCUAUAACCUGUAUCUAAUUGUAAAAAUUAUUAAUACAUAAUAUACUAAAGGUGCACAACCUUUUCCAAAAGAGGGCCACAAAAAAGAGUUUUCUGUGGAAAAAAAUCUUUGCAAUGGGAAAAAAGACUUUACGAUUUAUAUUAAUUGAUUAGGUUAAAAAGUACAAGUUUAAUUUGUGUUAAAAAAAUGUAAAAAAAAGGGUAUGAGUGAAAAUUUUUUUGAAUCAAUACAUUUCAAGUUUUUCUUAUUUCGUCGUCUUUAAUUAAAUUCAAUAGCUGGUUUAUAGUUUUCCGCAUAAAAAAAUGAAUUUUAAUACUAUUAUUAUUUUUUAUCCUGCAUGAAAUAUGCAGACAUGUUUAAUUUUUUAUAUAAACCAUUGAACUACAUUUGCUUUAAACAUUUUUUUUAAAAAAAAGCAAAUUUAAAAAAAUAAAAAGGUGAUAAGUAAGAGGAAACCAAUUUUAAUUUCAAUGUUCAUUAAAAUCAGUUAGAAAAACAGUGAUAAGAUUUCUUAUUUCUUCUUCAUAUUUUUAUUAUUAUUAAUAUAUCUUUCUAUUAUUAUGUUCAAUUUAUCUAACCUUGCCCAUUCAAGUUCAUUUUGUGCACUUCUGCAACAUACUUAUUGAUUAACUAACUGAUAAUAUUUACGAAACUUUGUUUGUGUAUGAAAUUUUAAAUAGGUAUAAAAAUCAGUACUACUUUUAGAAAUCUUUACAUUCUAAAUGUUUUUAGCUACAGAUGUGCUUACUUUUAGAUACUUAAAUCAGGUAAUGCAAAAUAUUUCUGCAUUUGCAUUUAACUACAAUUUUUGUAAUGAAUCAUGUUUUGAGAAAUAUGUAUUUUUAUAUAAUCAUUUCUUGUUAUUGCUAACAAUGUAAACAUGGUUUUAUUCGAUAACUUUUUUUUAAUUAUUGAUAAAUUUCAGCAUUUUUAAGAGUUGUUAGAAGAGACUAUUCUAAAAUGUUUUGAUUUUUAGAAGAAUUGUUAUAAAGAUUUUUUUAAUCAAAUGUAGCUCUUAUGAGUAAUAUCAUUCAUAUUGCUACAUUUAUUAUUAAUUUACAACAAAUAGCUUUGUAUUGUUUAUUGAAAAAUUAUUUAUUUUACAAACUAUGUACUGUUUAAAGCUAAAAAAACUAUAUUUUUUUAACAAAUGACUUAGCUUAGAAGAAAUUGCUGCUACAAAAAUUUCUGAAUUUUAUGUGUGAAUUUAAUCUAUAAUGUGUAAAGUUGAAAGAAAGAAAAAGUAUAUAUAUAUUUCUUUGUUAAAUAUUAUUUAUAGUUUAUGUUUUUAAAAGUUUACUUAAAAUUGGAUUGUUUCUUUGUGAAUUUUAAUACUUCUUUAUGCAUUCGUUUCAUUGUGGGUUGUUAUCUAUUAAUAGUUUUCAUAACUGAUGUUUAAAUAGUGCGUCACAUUCCUACCCAUGUAUUCUAUAAACAAUUACUUGUUUGUUAUAUGGUUUUAUUAGUUUAGUUUUUGUUACUAGUAUAAAAUAUUAUGUCUUUUAAUGUGUGGAUAAUAUUAAAAGCACUUUGUAUCAUGACUGUUCAAGCUCAUAUAAAAAUGAGUUAAAUAUGUUGUUCUUUUCUGUGUACUCUUAAUGCAGUUUUUCCCUGAAAACAUCAGUUUUCUUUGCUCCGAUUUACAACAUCAAAUUUCUUUUCAAAUUUAAAUACUUUUUAAAGUAUUUACUAUUGAAUAAUGUGCCAAGGUCCUCAAAAGUAAAGUAGCAUUCUUCUGUUUUCCUUGCUUAAUCUCCAUCCCUCUUUUAUCAUAAGGAUUCUUAAAAUAUCCAAUUAGAGUAAUGCUUUUAUUGUAAUAUAAAUUCAGUAGGUUUUAAGACAUAUUCUCUGUUUUAGUAAUUUUUAUUCAAAAAUGUAGCAAUAAUUUUUUAAAAGUAAAUAAAUUUCAAAAAUGAUUUAUCUGAUUUAGAUGUGCUUCUCUUAGUAUGUCUAUUUUUAUUAGCUGAUUCUGUUUUCUUGGUAUGUUAAGCUUUGAUAUUUUUUUCUUUCAGUACUUUCUAUUCUUUGCAGUCUUAAAUAAUACCAGAUGUGACAACAUGCCAUUAAGAGUUGCAUAACUAUAACCAAUGAAAUUAGUAUUGAUUGUGAAAGAACAUUACAUUUCCUGAAAUUUCUAUUCCUUGAAAAAAAAUAUUCGGAAGUUUUAUUAUGAUGGAAUAAAGUUCCUCUCACAUAUACGUAUAAAACAAUAAUACUUUUUUUUCCCUUUUAGACUAAUUUCAUUAGUAAUUUUUGAUUCUAUAAGCAAAUACUUUAUUUUGUUUUAAUUAGAAUUAUAUAUGAAUAAUCAUUGAUACUUUCAUUGUUAUAAAAUUAUGGUUCAGGAUGAUAUUAGUACGUAUAAUGUUUGUCUAUUAUUAAGUUUAUGUUUCAAAACUUUUUUGUGACAGAUGUUUUUUUAUUUCUUUUUUUUUUUAAGGAUUAAAUCUUUCUGUAUGCUUUAAAAGGAAUGUUUCACUAAAUAAAAUAAAAAGUUUCCAAAUUGUA